AUGUCAAACUGCCCGAGUCCGUCAACCAAUGAAUUGUUCGAUGCGCCAAGUGUUUCAGAUUCCGGAAUUUGGGUGGAAUGCGAAAUUGGUGAUUUGCAAAAACAUCACAUGAUUAUGAUGUUAGGAAAUGAUGAGACUCCUGGACAACCUGUUAAUGGAUAUCGUGUGGUCAGUGACUUUAUGACAUUUUUCCCUCUAUUUUCAAAUUUAGGCGCGAAAUCCUGCCAACUUUGACUCCAUGCCGGACUUAUGUUUAACUGAUGGAAAAAGUUUAAUCACUACAAAAUAUGUGUUUUGUCGAUUUUGCUAUAAAAUUUAUUCGAAAAAUGGAGGACAAGCAUCGUGAGUUAUAUUCCAGUUUUUCGUUACAAUUAGAUUAUUUUUUGUUUUCAGAGUUCACAGAAGAGAGUGUGAAAUAAAAGAAAUGGAUAAGAAGAAAAAUAAUACUGAUUCGAUGGGCGAAACUUUGAUUGGUGAAUGUUCGAAAGGAAAAUUAGAAAAAUCUACCAUUCAGCAUAUUAUAACAAAAUAUAUUUUGAAAAGUGGAGUUGCGCUCAAUGUUGUGGAAAAUGAUGCAUUCCAAGAUUUAGUGUUUGAUUUGUUAAAUAUCAAUUAUAAUUUAUCGGAAGACUGCUUCGAGAAGAUAAUGCCUAAACGAAAGUCAAUUCGAGAUCUUGUGGAGAAGGAGGCGACUGCGGCUAUAAAGGCAGUUAGAGAUGUUUUGAAGCCUGAGAUCCUGUCAAAGAUGGCGUCAUUUUCUUGUGAUUUCGGUAGAAAUCACACAGAUUUUUUCUGUUUGAAGUCUAGCUUCGUGCAAAUUGUGACCGAUCAAAACACAAAUAGAAAGAGUUGGGAAAUGAAAAUUUAUCCCAUGUGUAUGCAAGUGGUGAAUGAGUCGUCAAAAACAUCUGUUUUUGUAAGUAUACUUUUCACUUUUUAAACAUUGCAUGAACAUUUUCCAGGUAGCAAAACUUAUUCAAGAACAGUUGAAGAACAUGGAAAUCACAAAUGUGAAUUUGAAUGAUUAUUUUUUGAUAGCUGAUGCAGCUGCUUAUAAUCGGAAGGCUGGAGAAGAUCAUUUUAUCACAUGUAAGAGAAAACCAUUGAAAAAAAAUUUCAACUCUUGUUUUCAGUCAUACGCUGUGCCGCACAUAUGAUGAAUAUAAUUGCAGAUCGUACAACAGUUCCAUAUUCAAAAUCAAAACUUAGCAGUGAGGAUAAAAGUAAAUUAUGUGAUGUUCGAUCAACAUUGAAAGAUUGUAAUGAAUUGAUGAAGAAUAUCAAGAAAAAGUUUUAUGUAAGUUCUUGAUUGCAGUUGUUUAAAGAAGAAAAAACGAGUACAGAUCCGCUCCCAACUUCCAAAGCAAGUUCAAACACAUGUCGAAACACGUUUUCUAUCUUAUAAAAAAGUUGUUGAUAGUGUAAUUGAAAAUGCAGAUGUUUUGUUGAAAUUCAAAUAUAUGAUGGAACCCGAUUUGGCGGAUGAUGUAACUAAAGUUUCGCAAAAUAUGAAAACUUUACGGUCAAUAACUAGCACAUUGAAAAUUUUCGACGAACUUUGUGUAUUUUUCCAAGUAAGACCUCAAAAAUAUCUAAAUAUUGAUUAUUUAUGCAUUUUUCAGAGCGAUUCAAUACAAAUCCAUGUUGUUGUGCCAUGUGUUAUAGGAAUGCUGAAACAUUUUGAAGCGCAAAAGUUGUCGAAUGAUGAAACACUCCGAAGUUUAGCCAGCGCUGCUGUCGAAGCACUGCGCUUCAACAUGCACGAUUUAACCGACUUUCAUUGUCUAGGAUAUAUGCUAGAUCCACGGAGGCCGCAAACUUUACAGGCUGAUAUUGAUGCACUCAAGGUGAUUUUCCGAAAAUUUCUGAAUUUUUGACAGUUAAUCAAAUUUUUUACUUAGGUUGAUCUUGAUUUGAAAAGUCGUGCACAAAAUGCUCUCGAAAAACUCGCCAACAUUUUAAACAUUUCGAUGAAUGGCAAUCCACCAUCAAGACCUCGCUAUGAUUCGCCUGACUCGUUUUUGGCCAAAUGUUUGCGACGGGAAUCUCCCAAAAUGUCGUUACAAAUUGAAUACAAUCACUUCUUGACUGUACAAAGUCAUCUGGAAGUCGAAGAAUUUUGGCCAACUAAUGAACAUAAUUUCCCACAAUUAUAUAAUAUAGCUCGAAAAGUGAUGGGAAUAGUAGCCUCCGAAAGCUCAACAGAAAGAAGUUUCAGUUUACUUCGAAAUAUAUAUAGAGAAAAUCGUAGAAAAUUAGAGUGCAAUUUGUUGGAGAAGCUGUUUAUCUGUUACGAACUUUCCAGAACUAAUUAGAGAUUUUAUUGUUCACACUUUUAUAUAUUCACUUCUGUUUUUUCAUGAACUCUAGAAUGUGUUUUAUUUUCAUAUUAUAUUGAAUUCUUGUUUGCUAUAAAUCAUGUUUAAAUUGAAAAAAAUAAGUUAUUUUAUAAAUGAAAAUGUCAUUUCAUAAAAUUGUUCGAAAUAAUGCCGAAAUGCCUGCCGGCAUCCGCGGCUGCCGUUUUUUGCUGUUUUGUUCCUCGGCUAAACGGCCGGAAACAGCAAGGCCACGCCCCCAACGGCAGCCGUGCCGUCCGGUCAGCAGGCGAAACGAACAUACCUGAAUGUGUUUACACAAACGAUCAAAACAUUUUUUUUUUCAAGGGGCGGUUUUUGAUCCCCGAAAAAAAUAGGAAACUUUUUUCAGUGAAUCUGACGCAUUCGUGGAAGGAGAUGAAUUCCCAUUCUCGAAAAUGGUCACAUUGUUCCGUUCGGACGCUUUCAAGAUUGAUGCCAAUUAUUCGCUUCCAAACACUGUUCCACACACACAAACUCAUCUCGGUAAGUUUGAAAAUUGGUGAAUUCGGAAAAUUUCCGACACAAGCUUGAUUCAAACCCAAAAAAAUCAUUUUAGGAACAUGGCAAGUCACAAAUGUCAAACCAACAGCUGAUGGUGAAGCUCGCAAAGUUAAGGUGAAAGUUCGUGUCAAUCCAAAUGGAGUUUUCGCCGUCAACACUGCCACCAUUUACGAAACUACCGUAAUCGAAGAAGAACCAAUGGAAACCGAACCAGCAGCAGAUCCAGCUACAGCUGAACAAGAACCACCAAAGCCAAAAACAAAGACAACAGCGAUUGAAUUGCCAAUCACUGAAAUUGUUCCAGUUCACUAUGAUGUUGCCAAAUACGCUCAAAUUGAAAUCGAAAUGCAAAGAGCUGACGAGAAAGAAAGACAAAAGGCUGAUGCUAAAAAUAGUUUGGAAGAAUAUGUUUAUGAGAUGAGAGAUAAGAUUUCUGACCAAUAUCAAGAAUUCAUUUCUCCUGCAGCAGCUGAAGAUUUUGGUUCGGUUUUGACAGCCACUGAAAAUUGGUUGUACGAGGAUGGAGAGGAUGCCGAACAAGUUGUUUAUGAAAAACGAUUGGCUGAAUUGAAAGUGACUGGAACUCCAGUUGUUGAAAGAUUCCGCGAAUUCGAAGCCCGUAAACCAGCUUUCGAUUCAUUCGAUCAAGCCAUUUUCCGAAUCCGAAAAGCAUACGAAGACUAUGUUGCCGGAGGGGAAACCUAUGCUCAUUUGGAUAGCAAAGAAAUGGAAAAAGUUAUAAAUGCGAUCGAAGAGAAGAAGAAAUGGUUGGAUGAUGUUCGACAUAAACAAGAAAAUCGAUCGAAGACUGAAACACCUGUUGUUUUUGUUGAAGAAAUUCAACAGCAGAAAACUGUAAGUUUACUGAAAUAUGGAUAAAUUAGAAGCUCACCAUUUUUGUUGAAUAAUCAUAGUUCUAGCUUUAAAAAAAUUAAACAAUCAGAAAUAACAGAUGGAAAUAUUUUAGACUUAUUAUCUAGUUCACGUUUUCAAUUUAAAUGAAUUUUUGGGACCUUUUUAAUUUCAAUAAUGAUUAAAAUUUGCAGGCUUUCGAAAACAUUGUUCAACCAAUUCUUAACAAAAAGAAGCCGGCUCCACCACCAGCUCCAAAAAAGACUGAAGAAGCAUCGCCAAAUCCAGCUCAAGCUGCUGGCGGAGAUCAACCACAAGCUGAAAUGGAUGUUGAUUAA